CUCAUAUGGUGUUUUUGGUGUUUCUGACAGCGCAUAGUAAACGACGUCAAGACGACGACGAAAGAAAGAAAUUUUGUUUUCUUUUUUAUUUUGCGCAAAAUAAUCAAAUAAAAGUUUUGUGUUGUAUUUUUAUAAUUGGAAAGCAUCCAUGUAUCAUUGUUGCGUGAUUUGAAACGAAAAUAGAAAAUUGCGUAAAAAAGUAACGGCUGUGGCGGCGACGGUGACGACGGGUACGUGAAAAAUUCUUGGGCUAAAAAAAUUGAGAUUUGUAGAAUUAGUAAACGGUAACAAUGGUGACGGCAACGACAGAGUAGUCGACGAAUGAACAAUAUCAAGAAAAGUGAGCGUAAUAAAAAUAAAAGACAGACAGUUUCUGAGAUUCAGGAAAUUGUUUCUUCUUGACAGAAAGUGAAUAUACAAAGUAAAAAAGUAAGCGCUGAAGAUUACAGAGGUGGCUGAAAGUUAUGGCAUUGGCUCGAAAGUUAACAGCAAAAAUAUAUGAGAUAAAAGCUCAUGAUGGCAAUGUCACCAGUCUUGACCUUGGUGAAACUGGUAGUGUUUUGGUAACGGGUGGGCAAGAUCGCAAUGUGAACUUAUGGGCCAUCGGUCGGGAAGAGCUCUUCAUGUCACUAACCGGACACAACAGGCCUAUUGAUUGUGUAAGAUUUGCCUAUAACGAUGAUUUCGUUUAUUCAGCCGACGAUAUUGGCAUUAUUAGGCGGUGGGACUUAAACGCACAGACCAUAUGUUCGACAUUGAAUGGUCACAUGAAAAGUGUACGCACUUUAGAUUUUAAUCCAUCCGGAGAAUAUGUGGUGUCGGGCAGUAAUGAUACCACUGUCAGGCUGUGGGAUGUAAGAAACCAAAAUAGAUGUAUUAAGAUAUACCGAGGCCAUAUCGCCCAGGUUAACUCGGUAAAAUUCUCGCCUGAUGGUUUGUGGAUUGCAUCUGCUGGUACAGAAGGAUCCGUAAUUAUAUGGGAUAUUCGUAAAAGCAAACAAAUAAUGGAAUUUAUUGAGCAGCCUCCUGCUGCAGCCAUUACUUGCAUUCAAUUUCACCCAUUCGAGUUCCUGUUAGCCGUUGGACGGGUUGAUGGCACAGUUUGUAUAUAUGAUUUGGAAAGCCAAGUUCGUAUUUCACAGACGGAAACUGAAAGUCAGUUUUAUGGCCAUCCAAUAAAGUGUAUCACAUUCAGUGAGAAUGGAGAGUGCCUCUUUGUUGGUACAGCGGCUGGUAUCUCUGUGAUUGGCUGGGAGCCAGAUCGUGAGUUUGACCAUAUAAUGUCGACGUGGACAGCAUUGGGUGAUAUGAAAGUUGUUAAUCGGAAAUUGAUUUGUGGGUCCUACGAACAGAGUCUUGUUUCAAUUAAUGCUCUCAGUAUUGAUCGAGUGUUUCCGUUUUAUAAUCCAUCCAAUACAACGCCUGCUGCCUUCAAUCAUAACUCAACAACACGUAAGAGUUUUUCUCGAGGCAGCCAGAAGUUGAGGCUGUCGAUUGCAGGCCCAAAGGCUUCGAGACUUGUGGAAGAGAAUGAAGAUAACAGAAGUCCCAGUCUAGACGGUCAUUCAUCACCAAAUUUAAGUCUCGAGUUGGUUGACGAAUCGUUGUUGGAGACGACAUCGCCACCACCUGCUCCAAUAUCCGCUAUUCCUCCUUUAAAUGGCAUGAGUAGUAACAGUGUUAAUAGCAGCACAAUGAGUUUCGACGCAUCGUAUAGAGGAUUGUCGCUUCUGACGCACAAAUCCAAUGUAUCACCACCAUAUAAUUUUUCCUCUAUGGCGUCCAGCACUGGAUACAGUUCAUUUAGUGGCAACGGUCAUUGUUCACUGAAUUUCGACGGACCCAGCUCAUUGAAAAUGCCCGGAGAACGUGAUAUUUACCUUCAUAUGCCAAUGACAAACGAAUUUGCUAAUGACCUUGAAUACAACUUAAAUGAAAGUAAUCCGCCCAUAAUAUCAAACUAUGACCAUACAGAGUUGGUUGAAGAUUUCCCAGUUAAUCAAAAUAUUCAUCAGCAACACAAUGGAGCUAAUUCUGUGAGUUCCACAACAGCGACAAUGGGAUCUGCUCAAACGAUUCCAGCAUUUAAAGGUACCAAAUCGAAAGCAACAACAAGCGCACAAAAACGCACCACUCAAAUAGCCAUAUCGACGAGUGGCAAAUCGCAUAUGAAUUCCAGCACCCACCAACAGCGCAGCAAAUUGUCGCAAGUGUCAUCAGUGAGUUCCACAGAUUUGCAUAAAUUAGAUGACAAUAUGUCAUUGAAGAAGUCUGCCUCAUCGCACUAUGUAAACAAGACAAAGCGUGGAAAUGAAUCACAAUCGAAUCUAAAUAAAGAAAAUGCGAGAAAUAAGAAUAUCAGCGUACAAAUAUACGCUAAGCCACCGACCCGCUCCCGCACUACAUUAGAGCUGCGCUCGCCCCAGCGACAAGCUGCUUCUGCAGCUAUUACGGCUCAGAGACAAACAAAUAGAUUUUCAAGUUAUAAUUCAGAUGGCAGCACCAUCUCUAAUAUACCCGUCAAUUAUCGGCCGGACCCCACAUUACUCACCCAACCCAACGCGAGCCAAAAGAGCUACGGUAAUCAUCAGAAUAUCGAUGAUAGUUUAGAGAUUCAAAUGCUGUUGGCUUCUCAUGAGCAAAUCUACCAAGAACUGAGCAACAGAAAUGCUACACUACAGCUAAUCCGUAAUUCUACAAGAUCUCAUGAUGUUAUCGGCGCCCUAAAGCAGGCUAUAAAGACCGGGCGAACAGUGUUUGUGGAUCUCUUAGGCGCGAUAAUGGAAAAAACUUCUUCAUGGAAUUUAGAUUUAUGCCUCUUAUUGCUACCGGAAAUAUAUGAAUUAUUACAAAGUCCACACAAAUUCCAUUACACUCGUGGUUGCGAUACGCUUCGUGUGAUUCUUUCGAAUUUCUUGCCAAUUAUUCAAGACAACAUUGAUCCUUGGUCAAAUAGUUUAGGCGUGGAUGUUUCUCGUGAGGAACGUCACCGAAAAUGCAUCGAAUGCCAACAUUGGUUGCUCCAGAUACGCAAUCUACCGGAAAGUAGCCAUUUCGGCAGUACUCUAUCCCAGCUACAAAAUAUGAUUGUCAAUAUUUAAUGAAAUUUUUUUUUGUACAACCAUUCAGCCACAUAUUAGGUUUUUUUUUCGUCCAUGUUCAUAUUUCUUAGUUUAUGUAGUUUAUGAUAAUGAGAUUGUUGAUAAUUUAUUGUUAGGUUCGUAAUGUGUAAAAUCACUACAUAAGUACGUAUACACGCCUCUGUGUUUAAAUUAGUUAACUAACAGUAUUUUAAGUUGCAUGUGUGUAUGUAUUCCUCGUGUUCUGUUGACCAUUUACCCAUGGAAAUAUAUAUACAACAAAUAACAAAAGAAAGGAAACUUAAAAAAUCACUUAUAUAACAAACAUUGAAAAUCUGGUAAUCAUAAAAAAUGCGCUUGAAAAACUUUCAUUGGAAUGCGGGAAUGAUUGAAGUACUUAAAUAAUAUUUUAUUAUAUAAUAACAUUAACCCAAAUAAUUAAAAAUUAUGCUUAAAUUACACAUGUGUGGAUGUGUUUGGAAAAUUGGAGUAAAACAUUCCCUAAUCGCAUAAAAACGAUUCAAAAAGCCGAAUGUGUGAGUGUUGCAUGUCACUUCAAGCUGUACCGUACAUAUAUUCUAGUGUGUAAAAUCAGUUUGCUAUUGGAAAGUGCCUUUUUAGCAGUUAAAAAAGUGCACUGGAAUCGAGAGUCGAAUGGCUUCAACUGUGCGAGUAGUACAUACCAUAUACAUAUGUUUAUACAUACAGAAAUCCGGAAAUAAUAAUUUUUAACGCAAUCGUAAGUGUGACAGAAAGUGUAUAUACCUUGGAAAUGUAACAACAAUGUAUGUAUAUUAAAAUACAAUAUUUAUAGAAUCGUAUGCACGAAAUUAUACAUACGCAAAUACAAAUUAACUAAUAUCGAGAGCAAUUGAAAGUCCUUCCAUGAGAAACUCAACUUAACACGGAUUGAAGAGUAAAUUAUGACAAUGAACCAAUGUUUUUGUACUCUAGUUUUAAGAUAUAACACACGAGUAUAUACAUUUAGUUGUACAUACAUACAUAUGUACAUACUCAAUUGUAUUCUAGUAAGGUAGGCAUCGAAGUUUGAAAUUAUUUUUAUACAAAUGAUAUAUAAUAUCAUAAUAUAAGUAUAAAAUUUUAUAAACAUUAAUAUUAGCUACGCAUUUGCACACUCUCAUAAUCACAUAUCGAUAAGUAAACAAUUGUAAUAACAUUUUUGGAAAAUACAACUUAAUCCCUUAAGGACGACUCGCUGCAAACAAAGAGCUAAACUACCAAUUCAAUUUGCAGCUACAACAACAUCUCUUGUUAAAAUCAAUUAUUAUAAGAAGAGCCCAAGGUGCACCUUAAUGCUGACUUCACUCUUAAGUAAAUUUAGUAUUAAAAAUGCAAAAAGGUAAAGCGCUUACUCUUAAAGCGAAUGCAAGGGAUUAUUUCAAUGCAGUAGUUUUGAUAAUAGAAUGCCUGAUAAAAUGCUAAUAUCUGAACUUAUUGUUUUUGUAACAAAAUACCGCUUACUACAUUAAUUUAUAAACCCUAAACAAUUAUUAAAUAAACAAUAUGUUCAGCAAUUUUUUCGAGAACCUGCAUGAUCAUUAAAAAUGCGAAUACAUUAAGAUAUUGAUAAAUUUUUUACAGCUCUGAUUCAUUCUACAUUAGUUCGUACGAGCAUAUAUACAAACAUACAUUUACGAGUACAUAUUUAUAUAGAAUAUACUAGUCUCUCAACACGAAAAUGAAUCUUGAAAUACUAAAUGAUUGGUGAACAAUAAACAAUAAACUCCAGGCGGGUUCGCGUUAGACCUAAAAUGGAAACUUACCUACACACACAUACACACAUACAAAUUAUAUAUAUAUAUAUUUACUGAUUUGCAUUUUCAAUUCGCCAGGCUUGUAUUGGCUCGUAUUUGCCAAUUUACUAGCGAUAAGUUCUGAUA